AGCCAAAUCUUUCUUCGGCUCUUUCCUUUAACCCAAUUUCCACCAUCUCUUCUUCUUCUUCUUCUUCUUCUUUUGCUUUCUGGGUCGGAUAAACUUCAUCUCUUCUUCCUCUUCAAAAAUAUGGCUUUCCUAUAACUUUGCGUGUUUUACUGGAGAAAGUUUCAUUUUUUUCGUUUUCUGAUGUCACAUUUGGUGAUUCUUGAGGUGAUAAUUCCUGUAAAGUGUUGAGUUUUUUUUUCUUUUUAAGCAGGAGUUACAUAAAGGUAGAAGAGUUUAUCAUCCUCUCAGCGACUUCAAGGCUAGUUAUAAAUCAGUGUACGCUGCAAACUUAUGGCGGAUCUUGUCAAGAGACAAUUUUGAUUGGUGUGAGAAAACCGAUUUUGGUCAAGAAAUCAUGAACAGUCAUAGGCUAGUGUCAACGGCACAAGACGAAUGCAAUAAAGGAAUUCGUCAAGCUUGCUCUUCUUCUUCUCUGUCUCCGGUCCAUAACUUUCUAAAUGUUGUCCAGUCAGAAAACCGGAAAUCUCCUUUUAUACGAUCAAAAUCUCCAGAUUCACCUGAUCAACUAUGGCCAAAGAAUAGUUCUCAGAGCACCUUCUCAAGAUCUUCCACCUUCUGCACAAACCUCUACGUCUCAUCAUCUUCGAGCUCUGAGGCUCAGAAGCAUCUAGGAAACAGUCUUCCUUUCCUCCCUGAUCCCUCCGCUUAUAGCCAGUCUGCUUCUGGUGUGGAGUCUGCAAGAUCUCCAUCAUUUUUCAGUGAAGAUUUGGGAAAUCCUUUUGAUGGAGACAGCUCCGGGUCGCUUGUCAAAGAUUUCCUUAAUCUUUCUGGGAAUGCUUGUUCCGAUGGCGGUUUUCAUGAUCUUGACUGUUCAAAUGACAGCUAUUGCUUAUCAGAUCAAAUGGAAUUGCAGUUCCUGUCUGAUGAACUUGAGCUGGCCAUCACAGACCGUGCUGAAACUCCCAGGCUUGAUGAGAUUUAUGAAACGCCAUUGUCUUCAAAUCCAGUCACCAGAACGAGUCUAAGCCAAAGCUGUGUUGCUGGAGCAACAUCUACUGACGCAGUUCCGGGGUCAGCAGCCAGUCACAAGCCGAGAAUGAGAUGGACUCCGGAGCUCCACGAGCUUUUUGCAAAGUCGGUGACCGAACUUGAAGGGCCUGAAAAGGCCACUCCAAAGGCUGUUCUGAAGCUCAUGAAUGUUGAGGGCUUGACGAUCUAUCAUGUAAAAAGCCACUUGCAGAAGUAUAGACUAGCCAAGUAUAUGCCAGAGAAAAAAGAAGAGAAAAAGAAUGUUAACUCAGAAGAAAAGAAAACGGCUUUGAGUAACAGUGAAGCUGAUGAGAAAAAGAAAGGGGCAAUACAGUUAACUGAAGCUCUGCGUAUGCAGAUGGAAGUUCAAAAGCAAUUGCAUGAACAACUCGAGGUGCAACGGGUGCUUCAGCUACGAAUAGAAGAGCAUGCUAAAUACUUGGAAAAGAUGUUGGAAGAACAACGCAAAACCACGGGAAGGCUAAUUUCUUCUUCUUCUUCUCAGACACUGUUAUCACCUAGUGAUGACUCUAUACCAGAAUGUCAAAACAUGUCCAAAACCGAAGCAUCUUCGCCUCAGCCGUCAUCACCUGCGAAGAACACAGUUUCUGAAACCGAAGACGGUGAUUGUGAAUCCCCUCAGAAACGUCGCAGGCUUGAGAACGACGCUGAAUCUGAAGAUCCAAAGAGGUAGCAGAAUCUUCAAGUAUGUAAAUAUGGUAUGUUUUGUGUAAUUUGGUUGAGAGAUGUUGGUGGAUCACUCAAAGUAGAUGUUUGUAAUGUAGAUCUUUGUCGGACACGUGUAAGCUUAUUAAGGAUCUUGAGGAUGUUCCUUUCAUUUGCUCUGAAUCCUAGUUGUUUGAGGAUU